CAGCGCCCGGCCGUAGAUGGCUGAGGGGGGCAGAUCCUGCUGCUGCCUUGCCGGAGCCGGGAGGAGGGAAAAUCCCGGUACCUCGGCCGAGCCCCAGCCCGCCCGCGCCCUAGGGCUCAGGCGGUACCGCCGCGAGACUUUCGCCUCAGGAAAACUACCACUCGCGGCUCCUCCGGGCCUUCAGACCCUGGGCCUGGCUCGGGGCGAAAGCCGGCGGCGUGCCCGUGUCGGAGUGCGGGUGUCGGGCGGGCACCCGAACCCUGCCCGCCUCCCCCGGCCGCACGCUGCCCCUCCCCAGCUGGCCUGAGCUCUAGCGGCGGACUGUGUUACCUGCCCCCAGGGAUACUGCCGAGACUAAUUAAUUAGUGGUCAUAAAGGUCCCUGCAGGUCUUCUGUAGCAGUAACCGUAGAAGUGCAGGCAAUUACAGCCGGUUUCCUUUAGCACCCCUGGAUCGCACCUGUAUUUUGAGUUGCGCCGCUUGCUUCGGUCCCUGAGCCCCUGGGCAGGUACGGCCCAGGAGCCGCGUGCGUCCCGGUUUAAUUCCGAAGACUCGUACGUGAAACCUCGGCAUCGUGAAACAUCAUUAGCGUAUCUCGGCUAACAGGCUUAGAGAUGGAAGGGCAGCGCUCCGGGGCGCAGGGACAGCCCUGGCAGCGCCGAGAGCAGUGACAUUUAGAGGCAGGGCGGGAGUAAGCGCUGGGAGAAGGCUGAGACGCCAGCAGAAUCCGACUGCCAAAUUCUGUGGUUUUAAUGCUUUGUCCCUCGCACGCGGCUAUUUACCCACGUUUUUAAUAAUCUGAAAACCUGGAUUCGACUCCUAAUUUUCUUCCCAUGAGGUUACAGUAAAGAACUUGAUGUCAUCUGAGCAGGACAAUUAAACCUCUGAUGAAACAUUAGCCAGGGAAUAGAUAUAGGAUUACUUUCUGCAGAAACAAGCAUCGCUGCACUACGGUGUACUGAAGCUGUUACUUGCAACCAUUACAGGAUGUUGUUGCAGCAAAAUAUAUUUUUGACUUGAUUUUUAAUCGUACAGAUUAAUUUCUGGAGCUACAAAAUACAAUGAGAUGUAUUUUGAAAUUCCUGCUAGUCAUUUGUGGAUUUUGGAGCAUGAGGAAAAAUGGGAAACAUGCCUGAUCACUGCAGAGAGGCCUUGGAGAUGAUUCCUUGAAACCACUAGGAUGCCUGGCUGCUUUAAAAAGACUUUAUUUGCCUUGGCUUCUCUGAUAAGUUUUGCGUCUUUUCUCUUGAUUGUUGUUGCAAUGGGGAUCCCAAAGUGGAUGACAGGAAAGAUCCUUUGCAAAACAGGAGCUGAUUUGGUCAAUGCCACAGAUCCAGAGCUGGUCAAGUUCAUUGGAGAAAUUUACUACGGACUCUUUCAGGGCGGCAAACUACGCCAGUGUGGGUUGGGUGGGCGGCGUUCCAAAUUCACAAUUUUCCCACACAUGGUGAAAAAGCUGAAUACAGGCCUGCACGUGAUGAUUAUAAUGUUCCUCUGUGUGGCCAUUUUCUUUUCUCUGGUCAGUUUUGGAUUCUGCAUUCUUAACGCAAUAAAAGUUCCUUAUCGGGCUAUUAAAGGUCCAGCAGGGGUGUGCCUCUGGAACUUCCUUGCAGGUGGAUUUAUAGCACUUGCAGUCACCAGCUUUAUGGCUGCUGUGAAACUUCAUCACCUCACAGAAAAAAUUGCCAAUUUUCGGGAAAAUGUCUUUCAAUUUGUUAUCUUAGAAGAACGGUUUGAAGACUGUUUUUGGCUUUGUGUGGCAAGUGCCACAGCACAUGCAGUAAAUUUGCUGCUAAUAGCCAUUAGUGGGAUUCAUUUCCCUAAAAUUAAGACUAAAACGGAAGAAGCAAAUGUUACAGCAGAAGAUAUCAUGUACUAAUAAAUCUACACAAAACUACUUUGGUCAAGUGAACUGUCAUGAUAGAAACAGCUUCUUGGCUCUUCAGCUUUUGAUUUGGAUGGAUGAUUGUGGUAUAAACAUGAGUAAAGAUGUCGGUCUACAAUACCAGCAAUUAACAUGUGUGGGAAAGUGAGAAAAACAAAUGCUGCAAAUAUUUUUAUUCUCAAAACUGACCAAUAUCUGCAGUGAAUAUAUCCUGGUCACAGUUUUUAGAAAAUUCACAUUUUCAGAUAUUUUAGAAAAACUAAGGUGAAAUAUGAUUUCAUCAAAACCAUCUUCUUUGUUUAGAAAGAAAAUAUGUGUAUCGCAAAUCUUUGAUACUAUAAGGUUAUUUUUAAAACAGAAAGAAUGGACAUUUGCCAAUUACCUUCACAGAAUUAUCUGGAAAAUAUUGAGAGGGCCAUAUAAGAUAUGUUUGAUGAUAUUAUAUUGCAUUGAAAAAGAAAACUUCAUCAUCUGUGAGGCUAAACUUAAGGGGAAGCACAGGCUAAGUAUAUGUGAAAUGUUUUUAAAACAGAAAUCAAACCCCACAAAGAAGUGAGAAAAGUAAAGUUCAUGGGAUGGUGGUAGACUAUGAAAAAAAAUUACUAGCUCCAAGACGAAGGUUUUAUUGCAGCUUCUGGAAGUAAAGUAAACAGAAUCUAAAUAAUAGUGCUUUUUGAUAACCUGGAAAAUAAUAAUCUGACAGAUUGUCU